ACAACAACAACAGAAAACCUUGAUAAGAACGGAAGACAGAUUAUUAUGCAAAAUAACGAACUCACCACAAAAAGAACUAUGUACAUUCAAGAAACAACAACUGGCCCUUUUCUUUCGACAAAAAUAAGCGAAUUUUCGACAACCAUGAAGUUCAAAGGAGCUGAUACAACCAAUGAUAAUGAAUUUCAUAAUACGAACAAUCUACCACAGGAAUCCACUACACAAAUGUACAUGAAUGUUACACCAAAAUCAGAAAACCUUGAUAAGAACGUAAACGAGAAUAUAACGCAAAAUAAUGAACUCAUCACAAACAAAACUACGGACAUUCAAGAAACAACAACUGACCCAUUAAUGGAUAAAUUAGUUGUUAAAUCAUUGAAUACAGAGAAAACAAAAACAACAUUACUGUAUCCAGUGAAUCCCAAUUAUAAGCCUCUCAAAAAAAUUGAUGUUCAGCAGCCAAAAGUAUUUGUGCGAGACCCUGACGAUAAUAGUUGGCGAAAUGAAAGUUUAAGUUCCAUGGGGAUUGUUUUUAAACCCAAGAAUUCCUCCAAGACAUUUACUCAAGUGAUAAAGAAUAAAACCGAAUCAGAAUUGAAUACUUUAUUCGAAAGGAAUAGCAAGCACGAUAAACCUGAUUUAAAAGAACGAUUAGAAAAAAUUGCCGAAAGGAGAAAAAUGAUGAGGAAAAAAAUAGAUGCAUAUGGAAACAUUAUUUACAGUGACUACGAGGAAGGGAAUAUAUCCGGAGAGGGCAAUCUGUCUAAGGAAAACAACAAAGAUGCAGAGCCUGCCCCUAAAAUUGAAGUAAUAACCACGACUACUUCUGCACCUACGACAACCAAAACCGCUCCAAUAACUUCGACAACUGAAAUUACUUCUACUUCAACCACUACCGAAAAAAUUAUAAAUUUUGGUGAAAAAAUGUUGAAGUACUCGACUAAAAAACCUAAAGAAUACUUCAAUAUAGCAGAAUAUUACGACACGUCUGAUGAAGAAGACGCCGAUUACUUGACUUUAGCAAAAAUAGAUUUAAAAAAGUUUACAGUCCCAUUGCCCAAAAAGAGCGACACAACAAUGACGACGCCAGCUUGGCCAGUGACUUCUACAAAACCAGAUAGAAAAACAAACACUCCACAAGACAACAGACAGCCAACUGUGCAAUAUUUCCCACCAUUAACAACUGAAAAAGUAAAUAUCAACAAUUACGAUGAAAAUUAUCAGCAAAAGAUGAACUCUCACACUAUCACAGAGCCUCCUAUAAACGUAGUGCCAGUUGUAUAUUCAAAAACGGCACAAAAGCCUAAAGAAAAAGUUAAAAAUUAUUUUACACCAAACUAUAGCAUUAAUGACGACAAUUUGACAAUAAAACCAGUUAAAUAUGACAAUGGUGUGUACAUGACACCAACUUCGCAGUUACCUACGGACACAGAAGGUUACAACGUCUUGAAUAAUGAUGGGAGCUUUAACAAGGCUCCUUUUGCGAUCAAACAUUACAAAGAUUUCUUAAAUGUGGUAGCUAAUGAUCAAGAAAACGAGAGAAAUAUUGGUUACAUCCCGUACACAGAAACACCUCAAAAGGCCCUACCAGUCACGAUGAAUAAAGAGUACGAAGGAAACAAUGAAUUUAACCAACACGUUGGUUAUGAAAACAUACCACAACGUACUUAUGAAAAACCUCUCAACGACGAUUAUGACUAUGAGAGCGAAUUCCGUAAAGAGGUUCUACAACGUUUUGUAAACAAUUUCAAUCAGAAUAGCGAACGAUUCAAAUCAGACUUUCCAAUAUUAUACAAUAAUAGUGUAAUUCACAGGGAAGACCACUCGAAUCUGGCAACCUCAAGAACUUACCUUAGCAGGGACUACAGACCCGAGAAAGCGCCGAGCAUACGUAAAGACAAUAUGUUUAAUGCUGACUGUGAUCACAAUAUGACCGUAGAAUUGUCUCCGGCAUACGAGAUCAAUUAUUAUGUGCCAGAACAGGAAGAGAAAGAGGAGUUGGAUCCGAAGAGGCCACCCUUACCUUAUCAGUACCGAUUGUAAAUGUUUAGAAAAUAUUGUAACUUAUUUUUGUAUACAGUUUUAUUUAGCUAUAGAAAUGUGAAAUGGGAGUUAAAAUAUGUUGUAAGUCGUCAUUUUCUCCUAAAAGCUUAUUUAAAUAUAUUUUUUAUAAUAAGAAGUGCUUUAUAUAAAAUACAUUAUCUAAUGUAAUAAUUGUUAUUGAGGAUUUUAAAUUCAGAUCAUCAAGUAAGUAGGUAUUGAUGCGAGCUAAAAUGAGUUGAUGGCAGUGGAUAUUAGAUGUCAACGUUUUUAAUCAUCAUCACUCAGUGCUUUUAAAAGUGAGUUGUUUUUUUAUAUUUAUAUUUAUUUGGAUAAAUCCAGUACACACAGAACACAAAAGGAGAACAUAAAUUAUAAAAGAUAACAGAAUAAAACUGAAGUGAAACUUUUGAGUCAAGAGAAUGUAAAUACUACGUAAAUUUUGAGUAAUUCGGAUGUCAUGUAGGUCGUUUGCGAACUUUGUUAAAAUCAGAUUGAUAUUUAAAAAAAACAUUAGGUACGCAUAUAAAUAAUUGUAGGUAAUGAAAUAAAUAGUUCGUACUAGAUAGAGAUUUUAUUCAAACGUUAUUAAUGUUACAAAAAAGUAUGUGUUUACUUAUGUAUGCACGCAAGAAGUUAUAAUUCUUUGGCGUAACAAAACAAAUCCUUAAAAAUUUUUAUACGUUUGUAGAAAGGUCGGAUUGUAAAAAUCGUGAAAUAAAUUAUUGAAUAUUAACGAAUACGGCUGUAUUGGCUUGAACCCUUUGCCUGUCCUAAUAAUGGAUGAAGAUACCAAAAAAUAUUUAUUAUGUCAUAAUGAAUGAUUUAAACUUUAGAAAAAUGUUUGGAGAACUCUCGUAGGCACAGUUGAGUCUAGAAUCUAGAUAUUGAACCGUCAAUACUAGCUCGUAGUGUAGGUUAAUGUUAUUUGUAAUUAGCUGACAUAACAAAUUGCAAUCGGAGUGUGUAGUAAUAGCGAAUAGUUAGUGAGCCGUGUCGCUCGCUCGCUGUUUCGAAGGUACCAAACUGUAACGUGAAAAAUUACAUUAUUACGCUCGAUAAGUUAUAAUUUUUAAUCAAGUUUAGUUGGUUAGGACAUAACUACGAUAUUUAUUGAACUCGAACGGAAAUUUCUAAUAGAAUAAACAUUGACAUGCUUGAUUUGACAAUUGAUCACUUUCUGCCGAUUCAGUGAGACGAGAUGCAUUCGGUCAGAAUUAACGUCAAAUGCUAAAGCUCAAGCG